AUGGCGCCUUCUUCGAUUCCUUCUUCUUCCUCGGCGGCACCGGCGGCUUCGAGGCCUGGCGGCACUCAUCCCCAAAAUACUCACGAGCAUUUGCACGUCCAGCAUAUGGUGGAGGGAGCGCUCAAGAUGGUCUCCAUGCUCAACUUCAUGAAGGUGGAGCUUGGCGAUCACAAGACACUGCGAUCCAAGGAGCAAUGGCGAGCAGCCGGUGCCGAGUUCCUUGGGACUUUACUCUUCGUCUACCUUGGCUGUGGCUCAGUCGUUGCUUCAGAAAUACAUUGCAGGAAUGCUUGGUCCGGGAAUGACCGCUGCACGGCUGGUAGCCAUAGCUUUGGGACACGGUCUUGCGAUUGCUUUUCUAGCCGGUGCCACGGGAGCUAUAUCAGGUGGUCACUUAAAUCCAGCAGUGACUUUGGCGUUCGUGGUUGCUGGCAAAGAAACACUUCUUCGAGCCGGAUUAUAUGUUGGUGCUCAGCUGUUUGGAGCGAUAAUGGGAGCAGCAAUCCUGAGAUGGUCCACGCCGGGGCCUUGGGUCGGCGCUCUCGGAGCUCAUGAUCUCUCCAACGGUGUUUAUCCGGGCCAAGGAUUUAUCAUGGAGUUCAUGCUAACUUUUGUGCUUGUCUUUGUCAUUUUUGGAGUGGCUGUG